CUGCCGCUGAAGAAGCACCCAAGAAGAAGGAAGAAGCAGCACCUGCCAAGGAAGAGCCUGCCGCUGCCGCUGCUACUACUGCUACUGCUGCUGCUGCUGGCGAAUCUUCGGAAGCACCCAAAGAAGCUACUCCGAAGGAACACAAGGAUAAUGUCAUUGACCAACUCAAGCGUCACUCGACCAUUGUGAACAAGUUCUUCAGCCACAAGAAGGAUGAUAAGACGCCUAGCAGUGGUUCGGAAGAAGCUGCUGCUACCCCUGCUCCGGCUGCUGCCAGCGAGACUACUCCUGCUCCUGCUGCCGAGACUGCUGCUGAAGCUACCACCGGAGAGGCUGCCCCUGCCCCUGCCACAGGUACCCCAUCGUCAACAACCCUACUUACUAUAUAAUAUACUCUCUAUUUUCUUACCUAUUACUUCCUUUUACAAGGUCGACUCUGUUACACCAAGUAAUACAGUAUUGAAUUCGCCUUUUUGCUAUAUAUUCUGUGCAACUACUGCUCUCUCCAUCAACCCCCAAGAUAUACGCGUCUUUCAAGACUACGUUACUCUGCAUUGCUGCUGGAAUCAGAGAGAGAGAGAGAAUGACAUGCCAACAAGCAUCAUUCUCCUGCUCCUCCUUGAUAACCUUUCUUCGUCUCCCCCCCCCUUCACCGGCCGGAAACAGAAAAAGAAGUUCCUUUUGAAAAUUGUCACAUCAUGCCAGAGAAAGGAACGUGAUCUAUUCUACAAAAAUAAAGAAUUGACCAUUGUUUGUUUUGUUUUGGCGAUCAGCCGGAUGGGCCAAUGGUUUCGGAGAUACGGAUAUGAUGAUGGCUCCCUCGAGCCAUUGGCUGACACUUUAGGCUAGUUCUUCUGAUGAUGAUUCAAAUGGACUAUCGAUCGGGACCGAAUUUCUCCUCGCCGCUUCCUUCCUUCGCUUUGGCUCGGACUC